GAGGUUGGUAAGAAUUAAAAAUAUAAAUAAUAAUAAUAAUAAUAAAAAUGGUGCGAGCAAUAACAUGAGGUCUUUUAUCAUGAUACGUUUUCUUUCUCUGUAAUUAUAAUAUCUGAAGAUCCACGACAGUAUCAGUGCUCUUGUGCGGUCAAAGGAAGCAAAAUUUAAGCUGGUAUAGUUCCUUCUUGUAAAGCAGCAUGUCCUCGGGUACCUUCAAAGCUGCUUUUCAGGUUCUGUCAAGGGCUGUGCCUCAAACUGGGUACAAUGUACCUUUUGUGAACUUUUCAGAUUUAACAUUACAUUCCAAGUUUCAAGUAAAAUGUAUGAAGAAAAGAUCCUCAAGGCAUAGGAAUUUAAUCAAGUGUCCUAGCAUGCUUCAAAAUCAGUUAAGAACUCAUCAAUUUCACUGGAUGGAUGUCUGUUUCUGUGACUAUCAGACUUAUAGUCGUCCAUGGUUGCAGACAUGCAAAUGCCAACAGGCUGAAAGUGCAAGUGGCAUAACUGCAGGAGAUGAAAAUGGAUCAUGGUUUGUGAAUAAUGUUGAAACAUCAAAUUCGGUAAGCAAUGCGAUGAGUGCACAGCCUAUUCAAGAGUUUCAAGAUGUUCAACAGUUGAAACAAGAAAAGGAGGUUUUGACAUCUAAUGGUACAAAUGGAACUAUCACAGACAUCUUUGACACAAUUAGCCUCAACUCGUUUGAGGAAGAAGCUUGGGACCUACUAAGGGAGUCUGUAGUUUAUUAUUGUGGCAGUCCUAUUGGAACUAUUGCUGCAAAGGACCCAACAAUUUCCAAUGUUUUGAAUUAUGACCAGGUCUUUAUUCGUGAUUUCAUUCCUUCUGGAAUUGCUUUCCUAUUGAAGGGGGAGUACGACAUUGUUCGGAAUUUUAUCCUUUAUACACUUCAGUUGCAGAGCUGGGAGAAAACAAUGGAUUGUCAUAGUCCAGGACAAGGUUUGAUGCCUGCUAGUUUUAAGGUUCGGACAGUUCCUCUGGAUGGUGAUGAUUCUGCAACAGAAGAGGUUUUGGAUCCUGACUUUGGAGAGGCAGCCAUUGGCCGUGUUGCUCCAGUUGAUUCAGGAUUGUGGUGGAUUAUUUUAGUACGAGCAUAUGGAAAAUGCUCUGGUGAUCUAUCAGUUCAGGAAAGAGUUGAUGUGCAAACAGGAAUUAAGAUGAUUUUGAGGUUGUGUCUUGCUGAUGGCUUUGACAUGUUCCCAACAUUAUUAGUAACUGAUGGUUCUUGCAUGAUAGAUCGAAGAAUGGGAAUUCAUGGGCAUCCUUUGGAGAUUCAGGCACUGUUUUAUUCUGCUUUACUUUGUGCACGUGAGAUGCUUGCUCCAGAGGAUGGAUCAGCUGAUCUUAUACGAGCACUGAACAAUCGUCUCAUAGCUCUUUCAUUUCAUAUUAGAGAAUAUUAUUGGAUUGAUAUGAAAAAGUUAAAUGAGAUUUACCGUUACAAAACAGAGGAGUACUCAUAUGAUGCAGUUAAUAAGUUCAACAUAUACCCAGAUCAGAUUUCUCCUUGGUUAGUGGAAUGGAUGCCAAACAGAGGAGGCUAUUUAAUUGGUAACUUACAACCAGCCCACAUGGAUUUCCGAUUUUUUUCACUUGGAAACUUGUGGUCUGUUGUAAACAGUUUGGCCACAGUGGAACAAUCACAUGCCAUAUUGGAUCUUAUUGAGGCCAAAUGGUCAGAUUUGGUGGCAGAGAUGCCAUUCAAGAUUUGUUAUCCUGCUCUUGAAGGUCAGGAGUGGCAGAUAAUCACAGGCAGUGAUCCCAAGAACACGCCUUGGUCCUACCAUAAUGCAGGUUCUUGGCCAACACUGCUCUGGCAGCUCACAGUUGCAUGCAUAAAGAUGAAUAGACCACAUAUUGCUGCAAAAGCUGUUGAAAUUGCUGAGAGACGCAUAUCAAGAGACAAGUGGCCAGAAUAUUAUGACACGAAGAGAUCUCGAUUCAUUGGAAAGCAAUCUCAAUUAUAUCAGACUUGGUCAAUUGCCGGAUACCUUGUGGCGAAGAUGCUGCUGGCAGACCCAAGUAGAGCAAACAUACUGAUAACUGAAGAGGAUUCUGAACUUGUGAAUGCCUUGAUAAGUGCCAACCCAAGAGGAAAGCGUGGGCGGAAAAAUUUGAAGCACACCUACAUUGUAUGAGUCUUCAAUUGCAAUUGAUUCAGUUCUUUUUGGACAGCUGAUUAUUAGUUAUGAUCCAGUUCAUUUAUCUUCUGAUUAGCAGCAUAUUAUUCUAGAAACAGCGGGGAUAUUUCUGUAGUAGUUUGGGUUGGUUAUGAUAAAACUGUCUUAUACACUAGAAUAUGUAUAUGUAAUUGUGAUGAUGAUGUCAAUACUUCAGGAUUGUAAUUAGCAUACAAAAGAUACAACUAAUCAGAGAUGGUGAAGACUUAUAUACUAAGUCUCUAGAGAAAAACUAGCUUCCUCCUUUUGCAUAUCUGCUGAUACACAUUUCUGUAAUUGCCAUAGUCCAUAACCUAAUACAAAUUUGUGUUA